UGUUGUAUAACUGAUCCUGAUCCCUAGAUCUACGCCACAGUGCGUACGCAAGAGUAUAGUGGCUCUACUAUAUAGUUCAGUGCACGCCAGCGCGUCAGCAGCUCUCCUCAGUUCCUUUACUGUCAUUAGUUAUAUACCACGUUAAGAUGCCAGUAUCACAACAAGUAAGAUCGUUGCACAUAUCAUCCUGGCCUUCCCAUCGCCCUGAGCGAACAAAAAAGAGCUGCCUUGUGCGCUGGGAAACAGCUGGCGGAUGUGCUCAAUGAAAGACUUGAUUCCUGUCGAAAAGAUAUCAUCCUCAAUGUCAUCACUGCCGUGAAAAUUGAGCACAGGAUCAGUCACAUUCGAGAAUAUCGCUGUGGGAAGAGCGCCAGAAUUUAGCAGGCGGGUGGA